AUGCCGAAAUUCUUCUGCGACUACUGCGAUGUAUACCUCACCCACGAUUCCAUGAGCGUGCGAAAGGCGCACAACAGCGGCCGGAAUCACCUACGAAAUGUGGUCGAAUACUAUCAACAGAUAGGUCACGAGAAGGCACAAGCGGUUAUCGACGGUAUCACAAGCAGCUAUGCUGCA